UUGUCAACGGUCGAACUGUAAUGAACUGAAACCAGUUCGAGUAGAUGUCAGUGGACGUGCUUUGUUAGCAAAGAAGAAAGAGAACAAGGAACCCGAGCUGCCCGAGAGUUAGAGAUUUUAUUAGUUAGAAGCCUUACAGAAUAUUUUGUAUUAGAAUGGCUGGACGUAGUAAGCGGACACGUAAGAACGCUACUCAACAAGAUGUCGCACAGGAUGCGAGCACUCAAACAAGUCCAGAUAAAACUUCAGUUCAAGUAAUAGAAUUGCAAGAAGAAGUACAAUUACUGAAACAAACGGUUGACCGUUUAAUGAAAACCCAAUUGCCAAAUGGAAGACGACAUGAUAAUUUCCCCGUGCUUGAUAAAGAACAGGGACAUAGUCUAGCAGCUGUAGUACCCAGUUCACAGUUAAAUCCCGAAACUAAGGAACAGCAGAUUGGUGCAACAAUAGCGAGUCCACAAAUAAAUAAAAUACUUGGGAAAGGAUGUAGUUGCAAAGGAAAAUGUAUAAGCAAAAUUUGUGGUUGCGUUAAAAAAGACAUUCCUUGUGGGGAAUUUUGCAAGUGCACUCAUGCUAAAUGCCAGAACAAGGAAUCGAACAAAGAAAAUAUCCCGAAUCCAAAUGUUCAGGACACAUUGACUGGUGUGGCAGACCAUAUUUUCAAUAAUUUGUCUGUACUUACACUCAAUGAUCACCAAACGAGGGUUAUGAAUGGCACUGUGGGUGCAUCGAAUAAAACUUACAAGAAUAUUGAAAAAGCAACAAAGAGUAUUUUCAGUCCAGAUACCCCUUCGGCAUACAAAGACGAACUUCCAUUAGACAGUCUCAAAUUAAAUACCACGUUUUACUUGGCUGAUGCCAAAAAAAAUUUAAGCUACACAUCCGAUUCGUCUGUCUCACCACUAGGUGAUAGGUCUCACUCAAAUAAAACAAGAACAAACAACGCAGGAAAAAAGACUAAAAAAAAUUCUGGAAAGUCACAAACUCGAGAAGAUUCUGAUGAUGACGUGGAACUUUUAAUUGAUCCAAUGAAGCCCACACGGCAGUUGCCUCGUACGCCCAUCACAGGAUCACCUCAAAGUUUUCGACUCGAACUAUCAGCCGCACCUAUUUCUUCUCCAAAAGACGAGGUUGAAGAAAAACCAAUACUGCCGCCAGAAGAUUUUAAUGCACCGGUGGUGAAUUUGGAAGAACACUAUGCCCAGCUGCUUCCAUGUAAGCUUUGCCAUCGCAAGUUUUAUCCGUAUAGGCUACAAAAACAUGAAGCCAGUUGCAAAAAGUUAUGAGCAGAUGCUGUGUGAGCCUGAUAUUGUAUUUUUACCUAUUAAGUUGCACAAGAAAUAAACAACUAUAUUUUUCAUUAUAUUAUAAUAGGUGCUAUAUUACAAUCAAUAAUUGCAGCCUCAUAUUAGUAGAUUU